CCAUUUCGUUAAUUAGACGCGAAGGGAACGAUCCAUCACCGUUAAAAAAAAAUGUGUCUAUUAUAAACCCUCGGGAGCUUAUCCUCGCCUACUAUAAUACAGCUACGAUAGUCCUGUGCGGCGCGAAUACACGCCUGUACAGUUCGGCCAAUCGCGAGGCUUCUCUCCCCUCCAGGAGCACCGCUCGGCCGCAAGGCUAAGGUUACAGCUCGGCGGCGAGCUUUCGGCGCUCAGUACUUGACGCGCGCUCGCACGGCGCAGUCACGACACAGGAUUCCGCAUACUCGCCACAGGCCCGGCUGUGCGAUUUUCGCAUAGAGGAUACGCACUCGGUGACAUAGAAAAACGCAGUCGUGUUGGAAGGUCAGCCAUAGGAGGGAGAAAGGAUGACGCGCCAAGCUCUCAGACUCUGUCUCCUGACGGCAGUGCUGCUGAGCGCAGCGUCAGCUCUGCCGGCCGAAGACUACGAGACGGUCCGGACGAGUAACGCCGCGAUCCUCAACCGUCUGGGCCUGAUCCCUCUGGUUCUACCCGAAGGUAACUCGGCCAAUGGACACCACCGAAAACGACUGGCUGGACCGGAAGGUUUCAGCUCUCCGCUUCAGCGGAUGCACCAGUCGCCCUACGGAAGAAGACACAGCAGCGGCUCGGCUCACGACAGUCACGUCUAUGUGGUGAAGUUGCCCGCGAGUCCGCCCUACUACAGCUUCUCGAAACCUCAGGAACGGCCGAACGUGACGGUGGCCAAUCCUAAUCCUGGAUUCAGGAACAACGGGAAACCCGCGAAGAUAUACCACUGGAACUUGCCGCUGGUGAAGAAGAUCAACGAGAAGAAGAAACAGAUGGCGCUGCUGAGGAUGGAACAGGCCAGGAAGAAGAUGGAGGCCGAGAGGGAGAGGCAGAAGGUCGCGGAGAAGAUGAACUACUUCAAGAAGUUGGCGCAGGAGCAGCUCGUGGGCGACGCUCAGAAGAAGCCUAGCAGGAACAACGACAAGUGGCUGAGCUAUCCUGAGCUGGCCGAAGCUAGAACCAAAAACACCGACAACGCGACCCAACUGAAGAUCUUCUCCUCGACGUCGUCAACGAGCGGCGAGAAGACCUACCGCCUGGAGGGCGUCCCCGACUCGAUGUCCCGGAACAGCAACAGUCACCACCACCACUUCAACAGCUGGCACGACUCCAACCCCAACAACGACGUCCACGGCAACACUCGCAACUCCUUGGACCAGGGCACGAGAGCCAAGAAGCACCGGAAGAAGUCAGCAGCCGUGUCUUACUACUACGCGCCGGCAGUGAUAACCGGUAAAUCCGCCUCCACGAGCAUCAGCAAGCAUUUCGCCGGCAACGGUAAACCCAAGGCCUUCUACGUGAUGGAGAAGAGUCGAAAGCCCGUCUACUACCAUCCCUUGCUGCCGUAGUAAUCUUCGCUCGAGUGUGAACCGGAGGCGCCUCGCCGCUUUCGUUCGGGUGCUAUUCUCUUCUUCUUUUUGUUUUCUCGAAAUUCAAAAGCAUAAAGCGCCGCCGCGAAACGUAUACUUAUAUACACGAUGGCAUUCCUGCGCGGGAGGAUUUUUCGGUAAUCUUCUCCGUACUACUGGCUUCGAUCGAUUCGAAUUCUUGGGGAUUAUGCAGGGUAGUGAAAGAGACGCACGACUCUUUCUCGAGUGUUUUUUCUUUUUAGGUAUAUUCUCUGUACUAACGAAGGACAAAUUAUUUUUGGAAGCUACGAGACGACUGAUUUUUAUGUAGGACUUUUAUACCGAUAUAUUAUAAUAUACACGAGCUUUUGCUAUUUCGACUAUUUACUAAUGAUAUACUUACUACUCAUCGAUGAUCGCGCGCGAUCUUUCUAGAAGACUGAAAUGCCGCUCAAUUUUCCAUACUAUUAUAUACAUGUAAUGCGCGUAAAUACAGCAAUUAAAUUUUUCAUGCGCGACCGAUACUCGCCAAGGCUAUUCAGUAUAGUUCGAUAAUACUUAAAUUUUUCAUCAAACCGAUCAAUUAAUCAUCAUUGCUGGACUAUUUUGUAGAUACAUAAGUGUAAAUGAAUGCGAGGUUAUAUAUAUAUAUACGACGGCUAUAAACCGGUGUAUGCGUGUCUAGGACGCUUGUAAUAAGAGAACUUUUUAAUAUUUUUUAUGUACGAUUAUUGUAAGUCUAAUCGAGCUGCACAAUAAAGUAUUUAUAUAUACGUA